ACCUUAAUGAAUUUCUUUUGUACAUUAGCUUACCAUAUUUGGGCGCGCGGCCUAAAUAUUAGUCGUCCUUUUCAGCGCAAUUAAUUCACUCUGAGAAUAAACGUUAAAUUUAUUUUGCGUCGCUAGCUCUACAAAUUCCCUUCAAGAUGAGGUUUAUGCUGACGUUUCUAAGGCACGGUGAAACUGACUGGAAUGCUCAGCUGAAAUGUCAAGGACAGGCCGAUAUUCCUCUCAAUAAAGAAGGGCUUGAUCAAGCCAAGGCCGUUGCAACCUACCUUGCCAAUGAGAAGUUUGAUUAUGUAUUUUCAAGUGACUUGAGCAGGAGUUUCCAGACUGUCCAGAAAGUGGUAGAGCUGGGACCCAACCCAAAGCUGGAGAUUGUAAAAGACAAAAGGCUCAGAGAACGAAGCUUUGGUGUUUACGAAGGAAUGUCAUUUGAUGUCUAUCAACAUGCCCUUCAGAACUGUGUCGGAGAUUUUGUAGUAGAAGGAGGAGAAACAGCCCCUCAGGCAUUACAAAGAUUUAUCGACUUCCUCAACGACAUGUGCAAGAGUGUCAAAACACAGGAAACAAACAAAGUAAACAGUGCAAAGAGCUCUGAAGGGGAGGCUUCCGUUGCUUCCAAUACCGCAUCAAACCCAGCAGGUGGGGCUACAUCCAAGGUAUUUGUAUCUGAAUUCACAGGCGAGGACAAGGCAGCGAGGAUACUCCCCCACGUGCUGGUCUCGACGCACGGCUUCAUGAUCAGGGGCUUCCUCAAAUACCUCCACUGCGCCGUCAACGUCGAGAUUCCGGAAGGCGAUUGGCUGAUCGACGACGGGUGCCCGAAUACAUCCCUCAGCACGCUGGUCGUGGAGACAGACAAGGAUGAUAAGUUUGAUUUUGAAAGGCUGAUAUGUUACUUUAUCUAUAAAGUGGAUCAUUUUUCAUAGUAACUGAAAUGGGUCGAGCCGUCUAUGCGGGCAGUCAGUACUAGCUAGAAAUAAUCAGGAUUUGAUGCAUAAUGAGUCUGUGUAUGUGUGGUGAGACUCUAUACAAAAUAUGUGUAGAUCAGCCUUUGCUUACAGAAGCUUUAAAAUGCAACUCUACUUGAUGAGAUGGCCGGAUGAUUCAUCUUACCAUGUUGACUUGAUAGCUUUUUUAUGUUGAUAAGGCAAAAUAUGUUAUUGUAUCUACAACUUAUUGCGCCGUGAUUGCUUUUCACUGCCUUGCAAGAUAACGUAUCUCACCAUGCAGAUAUUAUUAAGCUGCUUAACUCUUUGUGCGCUGGGCCAUGAACCCCUCUGUGCUGAAUUCUUUUCAGGGAGGGAAACAAUGCAUUGUUUGCUUGAGCGUGAAAUGCGAAGUUCGCACGGCACCAAGUGUGCAUACGUGCAAAGUACGCAUGGAAAGGGUUAAUCGGCUUUGCAAGAUUGAAUAUUUUGCCAUCUCAUCAAGUGGUGACACUUUAAAGAUCCCGUACUUGAUCAUUGAAUUUAAUUUGAUCAAUCAACAAGCUGAACAAUCAAUCAAUCAGUCUGGUAUGUUAUACCUCAGUCAUAUUUUCUCUAUGGCGGCCGUAUGGUGAGUCGAAAACAAACCACCUAUAUGUGUUAUGUUACAAAAAUGUUAAAACGGCUGUUUUCGACUCGCGGUACGGCCGCCGAAGAGCAAAUGUGACUGAGGUAUUACAAUACUCCCCCAUCCUCCGCCUUCCUUGCUCUUCUAGCUUUCUCUUUCAGUCAACAUCUCUGUUUCUUGUACCGCUUUCCCUGGUCCAGGCCGGUGCAGUGAAAUAAAUUACUCCACAAUGGAGUUAGUUUACAAGGACCCUUAUAAGUAAUCAGUCCUGACUGGAAUAAAUAUGGUACUUCACACUUAAUCUAUGACGUUUGACCAUGCAAGGAAAUUGAGGGGUGGCUUUGAUGUUGCUUGCCUUCAAGGUUCAUAUAAGUCUACCUGCAAUAUGUACAAUAUGUAAUGAUAAAAGCAGAGCUGAAAUAGAACGAACCAUUUUGCAAGUGCCUUUCCGAUUUGGCACGCUCCUAACACAAUCUACCCCCCCCCCAUCUUCUUUGUCUUCCUGCUGUGGCCCUCAUUUCAUUGAUGGGCCCUCCCACCCCCCCCCCCUCUUUUUUUGUCUGCAGACUAAUAUAUGAUUUCUUUUGUUUUAAUGUAAGUAAUCAUCCCAAAGCUUAUGAUGGUGCUCAACUGAUAUUUAUUCAAUGAACAUAUUUGGUCUAUUUAUUGAUUGCAUGGAUUGUCAUGUAUGAAAUCAAUUACAAAAGGCACACUACUGUUUCAUUUUCCCACUGGAAUUUAAUAUAAAUGUAGCUGAGUAGAGAAAGUGAAGUCUUUGAUUAUCAAUUUUCCAUCAAUUAUUUUGAUUUGGAGUGUCUUUUUUUUAUUUAUUGUAAAUGUAAUUUUAUGGUUUUCAUUACUGUUUUCAUUAUAGGAGGGUGUCUUCACGUAAUAAUUAUUAGUUAGCAUAAGUAGAAAGUAGUUGAGUUAUUUAUUUUAGCUUCCAUGGGUGUGGAUUACAAUUUGCUGACACCAGACACUGAGCAAAGCAAUUGAAAUGGCUUGCUAUAGCUGCAUCUUUUGGGUGCAGCCAAUUAAACUGUCCCAUCAAAUUGAAUUACAGAUGUCCCAGAGGCAGUUGCAGUAAAAAUAAAAUAAACGUUUGUCAAAUUCCUAACAAAAUUCAAAUUCCUAUUAAAAACUGACAAUCUUUAGUACUUUUUUUUUCCAAGAGACAAAUGUAAACACAUUUAAUCAACACUUUCAUGCAUAGAGGGAAUUUGUUUGCAAAUUUCAGGUGUAUCCAGAUUGCAAUAUAUUUAAUGAUAUGAAAAAGUACCAGGGUACUAUAGUUUAUUGCGUGCAAAGAUUUUACAUCUCAUAUUUCCAAGUAUUUAUUAAUAUAUCCAUGCUUAUUUAUUUCUAUCAUUUAAUAUUAAAAUGAUUUAAUGGAUAUAUGGUAUAUUUAAUGUAAAUUAUAGAAAAGAUACCUUUAUGGAAGUGUAAUAUUCCUGAUUGCAAGUUUAUUUAAUCCUAUACAAUUUACACCAUGGCCAUUUGUUAUUGAAAACACAUCCACGGGUAUGUAAUGGGAAUUUGAUGUAAAGGCCAUUUAAUAUGAUAGUGUAAUAUUUGUGGUCGCAAGUUCAUUUAAUCUAUGAUUGCAGUACUUUUCAGUUCGAAAACAUCUCUCGACCAUAUGUUAGCUUUGCAGUUUAAUUUACAUACCUGCAUGUAAUAUUAUUUGUGAGAAUUGAAGUUAAGGGUAUUUUAUGAUUUUAUUUUGAUAUAACUAGGUUGCUCAACAUUGACAAUUCUUGAGAUUGCCUGGAGUAGUUGUUUAAUAAAUAUGUAUGAAGGGAAAUCACUACUGUAUUCAUGAAUAUUAGUGUUUGCUGAAUAUGCUAUUUCAUUAAUGGUGGGAGAUGAAUAAAUGAAUGAAUUGAUGGAUAAGAAUUAAGAUUAAUCAGUGUUCAGAUAUUCAUCGGUAUAAAAAUGACGCACAGAUGUGAGUGCAUCAGUAGGUUUUGUGAGCAUAAGGUAACUAUGGAUCUGGUAAACCCACGAGGCGGGUUUAGACUAGAUUCCAUAGUUACCGCAUUUUCACUAGUCCUACCGAUGCAUGAACAAACCUGUGCUUCAUUUGUUUUAUAGAACGGUGGAAUUUUAACAACCAUGCAUAAGUAAUUACAGAUGACGCAUGGCAAAUUUACCGGAUGAAUUGCUGGCCAUGUGUCGGUAAUUACUUAAACAUAGUUGCCAUUCUAUUUAAAUUUUAACAGAUGAAAUGUUACUGUUGAAACAUUUUACAUUAUUCAGUAAAUUACAUCCAUACUAUGCAGGUAUUUUAAUUCCUAUCUUGCCUUGAUGUUAAUUGGAUUAGUCGUUUCCAGUUUUGCAAUAACUUUGAUCAAAGUGCUUGACAUUUGAAUUCUUUCAGUUUAAUUAUUAGCUAGCAUUUUCUCAUAAAUUUGACUUUUCUGUGUGUGUUUGUUUUUACUUUUUUUUUGUACAAUAUAUGCAUCACCGCUACUGUCAAUUAUUUAUUUCCCAAAUACUGUCUCUUACUUAAAGGGGAAGUCCACCCUGACAAAAAGUUUAUUGUAAAAAUAGCAGAAAAAAUGAUAAAAAAUAUUGCCGAAGGUUUGAGAAAAAUUCAUCAAAUAGUUAAAAAGUUAUUAGAAUUCCAAUUAUUUGAUUUGUGACGUCAUAUGCAAGCAGCAUUCCUACAUAGCGAAUGGUAAAAAAUCAAUGAAAUGUCAUUUUCUCAGAAAAUUGAAAAUGGUUUUCACUUUACUUUUUGUAUAUCAAUAGACAAAUCAUUUCACACCCGAUCUUGAAUAAAAAACAAAAAUAAGUCAUCAGGAACCAUGCAAAAUUUUAAAUUCAUGCAUUUUAUAUUACAUAACACAUGGGGCAGCUGCUCGUCUAUGACGUCACAAAUCCAAAACUUUGAACUCUAAUAACUUUCUUACUCUUUAACGGAUUUUCCUCAAAUCUUCACCAAUAUUUUUUACUAUUUUUUCUGCUAUUUUUACAACAAAGUUUUCUUCAGGGUGAACUUCCCCUUUAAAGCGCACUGUCAGACAUUACGUUUCCUGUGCCUUACAAUUCGUUCAUCAAUUUAUUUUCAUCAUAGUUUAGAUAUAUCGAAAGUUAUUUUUUGACCAGAAUUAAUUAGUUACUGGCCAUGCGUCAUUUCAACUAUAAUCGUGUAUUCAAUUAAAUUAUUAAAUAAAACCAUGUGAAUUUUAAA